AUACCUGCACUAUAAAAACUAUAAAAUAGCAACUAUACAUUGAAAUUUUAUGUUUUUAUAGAGUAUAGACAAUACAAUGAGCUGUAUUUUAAUCUUUACAAUUGAUUAUCAAAUUACUAUACACAUAGACACAGUACAUACCUAGUUACUUUAGAAACAUCUUUUUUAUAAGAAAACGUCAAACCAUUAUAAUUAAUAUUAAAUAGGUAAUACCUAAGUAAUAUAAAAACAAUAACUGUUAUUUUUUUUUAUUUUAUUUUAAACAAUUUUGGUAUCUUAUGUGUAAGUAUAAUGCCCAACUGUUUUUCUGCUUUAAGGAUACUUAUCUAAGUAUAACAAUAAAAUAUGGAUGCUCUGCUAUUUACAUUAACAUUAGAAGUGGUCCUUUUGCAAAUUCGUAUUCUCGAGGGCACCACAGAAUUACAAGCAGACAAGAAAUGUAAAAGCAGAAACGAAAAAGCUCAAUGUGAUAAGUUCACUAGAGACCGACAAAUGGUGAAGGAUGUAAUACGAAGAACCCUGAUUGAGAUUGUGGAGACAGGACAAUGGUACACCCUGGAGCAAGCUACGAAAGUCCUUCAAAGUCGCUUCUCUUCCGCGAUUACUAUGCGUCUAAAGCACGAGCAGCUGGAAAUGACACUUAAAGGCAUUGUUAAAGAGCUAAUAACCAAACGAAAUCAAUGGAUUCUCGAAACACAUAAUGCCGAUAAAAAGAUUGCUCUUCUUCGAGACAAGAUGAAAGACGAUUACCAAAACGCUAAGGCACGUCUUUGUUACGCCGAGAAGUGGGUAAUAGCACGCGCGGAAUCAUUGGAAUUGCAGCUUAAUGUUCCACGCCCACCUUUACCCAGAGCUGAUUAUGAGCAGAGAGUACAUGACGAAUUGGUUCGGGCUUACGAAUUACAGAUUAAGGAGCGUGAAGACUUAUUGGUGUACUGGAAAGAACGUUAUACAAGAGAUAUUGCUGAUAUAUGUGACAGAGUAUCGAAAAAAUGCGAACAGCUUCGCAUAGCUAUUGCGCGACACGAAGAGCUACAGAAUUUGUACAAUUUGCACGAAGGAGAAAUGCGCGGAUGGCUAACAUUCAAGCGGGAGCGCGCUGCGCGCAUUGCUCUCCAAGAACGAUUGAACACGGCUGCCAAACGCAUUCAGUCUUGGUGGCGUGGGAUCAUGGUUCGUCGCGCACUUGGCCAGUUCAGAUAUCUACGCAGCGCGAAAAAAUCACCCAGUAAAGGCAAAAAGAAAUAAUAGUAAUAUAAAGAGAGAUACGAUUUUGGAUCGGAGCCCUAACAUUUUAAAUAAAAUU